AUGGCUGAGUACCUUAACCAGUUUGGUAGACAAGAGAUGCAUCCUCCACUAUCGGCUCAAGCCAUGGGGGAGCAUCAGCCGAUUGGAACCUCUGGUUUAGAAGGAGACAAAGAUCCCUCACAACUUCCAAUGGAGCUUCAAGUACAAUAUAUAUUGGGUGGUCAACAACAACACUUCUCAACAGAGCAACAGAAACGACAGAUUAUUGGACAAGACAGAGAUGAACCACAAUAUUGUCAGCCAUAUCAUCAGAGCAAUUAUCUAUCAGUGGUUCCUAUGGAGACUCAACGACAAGGCAAUGUGGUCAAAAACUUGUCUUCUCAGCAACAGCUCGAGGAACAAGACAAUGUUCCAUUGAUGCGUAUGAAUCAAUCUACAAAGCCGCCACAGUUGACUAAAGAACAGCAGCAACCUUGUGAACAACCCAUUACUCUCGAAGAAUUGAAGCAGGAGAUGGAUCCAGAGAUUGCUAGUUUAUUAUGUGGACUAAACACAACAGCAGAAGAAGCCAGGCUACUGGCUUCAUUUGGACUUGUAAUUUAG